AUGGCCGACACGACAGUGCCAAAGGCCCUAGAGGCCCUCACCAUCUCCAAGACCAAGGAGCUCAAGGGCACCGAGAAGCGUGACACCCUGAUUGCGAUCGAGAAGAAGUACCAAAAGAAGUGGGAGGAGGAGCACGUCUUCGAGGUUGAUGCCCCAUCAAUCGAUGAGUUUCCCCUGGAGUCUAUCUCCCCUGAGGAGCUUCGCGAGAAGUUCCCUAAGUUCUUCGGCACAAUUGCUUACCCCUACAUGAACGGUCGUCUCCAUGCUGGCCAUGCCUUCAGCUUCAGCAAGAUCGAGUUCUUCACUGGCUUCGCUCGAAUGCAGGGCAAGCGCUGCCUGUUCCCCCUGGGCUACCACUGCACCGGUCUGCCUAUUAAAGCCUCCGCCGACAAGCUGGCGAAGGAGGUUGAGAUGUUCGGCGCCGACUUCUCCGGCUACAAGCCAGAGGAAGAAGAAGAGCCGGCCCCUGCUGAGCCCGCGCCGAAGGGCCAGAAGGAGGACCUGACCAAGUUCAGUGCCAAGAAGGGCAAGGCUGCCGCGAAGACAGUCAAGGCCAAAUACCAGUUCCAAAUUCUGCAGUCAGUCGGCAUCCCUUUGGAGGAGAUCCAUCGCUUUGCCGAUCCUCAGUAUUGGCUGAAGUACUUCCCUCCGGCCUGCAAGCAGGACCUCACAAACUUCGGCGCUCGCAUUGACUGGCGCCGCCAGUUCGUGACUACGGAUGCUAACCCUUAUUAUGAUGCCUUCGUGCGCUGGCAGAUGGUUCGCCUUAAGGAACUGGAAAAAAUCAAGUUUGGCAAGCGCUACACCAUCUACUCUAUCAAGGAUGGUCAGCCAUGCAUGGACCACGACCGGAGUGAGGGUGAGGGUGUCCUCCCUCAGGAGUACACUGCCCUCAAGCUCAAGGUCAUUGAAUGGGCUCCGAAGGCCGCUGAAGCCAUCAAGGGCAAGCUGCCCGAAGGCGCGUCGGUCUACCUCUGCCCGGCCACUCUCAGGCCCGAGACCAUGUAUGGCCAAGUCUGUUGCUUUGUUGGUCCUAGCUUGACCUACGGUGUUUACAAGGCCCGGGAGAACGAGUACUUCGUCAUCACGGAGCGUGCUGCGCGCAACAUGGCCUUCCAGAGCAUCUUUGAGAAGGAUGGAAUCCCGGAGAAGGCGGCUGACCUUCAGGGUUCUGACCUCAUCGGCACCCUGGUUAAUGCUCCUCUCAGCUUCCACCGCGAAGUUCGUGUGCUGCCCAUGGAGACUGUCCUUGCCACCAAGGGUACCGGUGUCGUGACGUCGGUUCCUUCUGAUUCUCCUGAUGACUAUGCCACUGUAACGGAGCUGGCCAAAAAACCGGACUACUAUGGCAUCAAGAAGGAGUGGGCAGAGCUGGAGAUCAUCCCCAUCAUCCAAACACCCACUUCCGACCUGAUUGCUCCCUAUCUCGUCAAGAAACUCAAGAUCAACUCUCCGAAGGACACCAAGCAGCUUGCCGAGGCCAAGGAGCUUGCCUACAAGGAGGGCUAUUACCAGGGUGUCAUGAAGGUUGGCGAUUUUGCCGGAGAGAAGGUCGAAGUUGCCAAGCCCAAGGUCCGUGAGCAGCUCAUUAAGAACGGCGAUGCCUUCCCCUACUCUGAGCCCGAAAGCAAGGUUGUGUCCCGCUCUGGCGAUGAAUGCACCGUCGCUCUGCUUGACCAGUGGUAUAUUGACUACGGUGAGGACUCGUGGCGCCAGCAGGCCCUCGAGUACGUCGAGAACAAAGACGGCAAGGGCCUCGAGUGCUACUCUCCCGACACCCAGCAUGCAUUCAAGGGUGUUCUUGCCUGGCUCAAGCAGUGGGCUUGCGCUCGCACCUACGGUCUUGGCUCCAAGCUGCCUUGGGAUCCUCAGUUCCUUGUCGAGUCUCUUAGCGACUCGACUAUCUACAUGGCAUACUACACCCUUGUGCCAUGGCUGCACAAGGACCUCUUUGGCCGCGAAAAGGGCAAAGGCAACAUCGCGCCGGAGCAGAUGAUUGAUGAGGUCUGGGACUACGUCUUCUGCCGCACUGAGUGGUCGGACGACCUUGUCGAGAAGUCCGGCAUUCCCAAGGAGACCCUGCAGGGCAUGAGGAGAGACUUCCAGUACUUCUACCCUCUCGACCUCCGUGUCAGUGGCAAGGACCUGAUCCCGAACCACCUGACCUUCUUCCUCUACAACCACAUUGCUCUGUUCCCCCGCGAGUACUGGCCCAAGUCGAUCCGCGCCAACGGCCACCUCCAGCUGAACGGCGAGAAGAUGAGCAAGUCUACCGGCAACUUCAUGACUCUUGACGACGUUGUCAGGAAGUAUGGUGCUGAUGCUGCUCGUGUUGCUCUUGCCGAUGCUGGUGACGGUAUCACGGAUUCUAACUUUGUUGAGGAUGUCGCCGAUAACACCAUCCUGAGGUUCUACACCAACAAGGAGUGGAUUGAGGAGAUCAUCAAGGACGAUAAGCUCCGGACGGGUCCGCUCAAUGACUUCCAGGAUGCCCUUUUCGACAAUGAGAUGAACGCUCUGGUUAACGAGGCCAAGAAGUACUAUGAAGAGACCUCGUACAAACUUGCCCUCAAGGCCGCCCACUACGAUUUCCUUAACGCCCGUGAUACCUACCGCGAGGCCUGCAAUGCGGCCGGCAUUCCGCUCCACAAGGACCUCGUCUUCAAGUAUAUCCGCCUGCAGGCACUCAUCCUUACCCCGAUUGCCCCUCACUGGGCCGACUACGUGUGGCGCGAGAUCCUGGGUGAGAAGGAGUCGAUCCAGUUCGCCCGCUGGCCCGAGGUCCCCGCUGCCGACCCGGCGCUCACUGCCGCUCGCGAGUACGUGCGCACCACGUCGUCCAAUAUCAACUCGGCCGAGGCUGCGCAGCUCAAGAAGAUGGCCAAGGGUCGCCAGAGCGACUUCGACCCCAAGAAGCCCAAGAAGCUCACCAUCUUCAUGACCGAGUCCUUCCCCGCUUGGCAGGCCAAGUACAUUGAGCUGCUGAAAAAGGUCUGGGAUCCGGCGACCAACACCCAAAAGAUCGAGGACAAGGAGCUUAAUGGCCGCAUCGCUAAGAUGGGCGAGAUGAAGAAGGCCAUGCCCUUCGUUCAGGCACUGAAGAAGCGUCUCCGUGAUGGCGAGCCCGCUGAAACGGUGCUCGAGCGGAAGCUUGCUUUUGAUGAGAAGAAGACUCUUCUUGCUAUGGUUCCCGGCCUCAAGCGCACUGCUGGCCUCGUAGCUGUGCAAAUCCUUGCCGUCACCGAGGGCAGCAAGGUCGGCAUCGACCUGACCAACAAUAAUGUCGAGGUCGAAGUCAAGGCACCAGUGGCCGAGUCUGCCCUGCCCGGGCAGCCGAGCUUCCACUUUGAGAAUGUUCAGGCUUAA